GGUGUCCGCGCGCUCAGUCAAUGAGCACCGAGACAGGAGGAGUGUCCGACUGUUUACAUCUCGUUUCGGGGGCCGAGAGAUAUUUUCCUCCAGCAUUAUGUCGGUGUGGAAUUAUCGCACUCGCAACCUUUGAGAAAUAAAGGCGGCCAGCGCAAAACAGUGACCCGGCGUUGAGUCAUGGGAGGCCAGAUAACCCGAAACGCCUUGUACGACUCUCUGGGUGGACCGUUCCCCUCAACAGCUCACCGAUGCCACCACAAACCCAAACGCUGUUUACCCUUGCAUCUGUGUGGAGGUGUCCCCGUGAACCCCCUUCUCUUCCACCCCAACGCUAAAGGCUCUCAGAUAGUCAUGGAUCUAGCACAAAGGAGCGUCAAACGGCAGGCCAGCUUCUGCAAUGCCAUCACUUUCAGCAACCGGCCCAUUGCUCUUUAUGAGCAGGUCCGCUUAAAGAUAACUAAAAAGCAAUGCUGCUGGAGUGGUGCUCUCCGCCUGGGCUUUACUUCUAAGGACCCGUCUCGAAUCAAUCCCGACAGCCUGCCCAAAUACGCCUGCCCUGACCUGGUAUCCCAGAACGGCUUCUGGGCCAAGGCCCUGCCAGAAGAGUUUGCAAACGAAGGAAACCUAAUUUCCUUCUGGGUGGAUAAGAAAGGGAGAGUAUUUUACCGCAUAAACGAUUCCAGCCCCAUGCUGUUCUUCAGUGGCGUCCGGACCGCAGAGCCACUGUGGGCCCUCAUUGAUGUCUACGGUCUGACCAGAGGAGUGCAACUGCUGGACAGUGAAGUCGUCCCUCCAGAACUUCUCCGGCCACGAUCCUUCACCACAGUACAUGGAUCCACCUCUUUACGACGUGAAGCAGACACCUCCCGCCUGUCUGUCAGUCUUUGCGAUCUUAACCUGCAACAAGAUGAUGCCAGGCUUCGACUCCCUCCUGCCCCUGUCGCCUGUCCCAUUCCUCAAAAUUCCAUGAACUCCCAGCAGUCAUCACUGCUUCCUUACACCUUGGAAUGUGACCUACGUUUCCACCAGCUACGAGGUGCCCACAUCAAAACCCUUAACGAACAGACUGUGGCCCGAUCUGAACACAGCCGUGAAGAACGCACACUGGUCUUCACAGAUCGCCCACUACGAAUUGGUGAAACCAUCUUCAUCAAAGUCGUUAAGUCCAGCCCUGCUCGAUCUGGGACUCUCUCAUAUGGUGUGACAUCCUGUGACCCAGCAGUGCUUCGCCCUAGUGACCUCCCUUACAAUCCUGAAGCGCUGGUUGACCGUAAGGAAUUCUGGGCGGUGUGCAGGGUGCCUACUGCUUUGCAGAGUAGCGAUAUCCUGGGUUUCCUGGUCACACAGGAAGGGGAAGUCAUUCUGAGUCAUAAUGGUAACAAUGUGGGGAUGCAGGUGUGUGUGGACAACUCACGACCACUCUGGAUGUUCUUUGGACUGCAUGGUGCUGUCACGCAGCUGAGGAUUCUAGGCUCCACUUUCUUGGGUGAUGCUCGUGACCCGUCCAGCCCUGGCUCACCCUCUGCCUCGCCCCUUUCACCCUCAGGCCUGUGCAAUGGAAGUCCAGAGCCCAGUCUCAAUGAACGUGGCUGUUCUGCUGCCUUCUGCAGCUCCACUGAAGGAACAACACCCAACUCACCCGUCAGUCUCCCUAAAUCCCCCACUUUCCCAUCUGCCUCAGGCUCAUGGCCGGAUGAGUGUUCUAUCUGCUAUGAAAACACAGUGGACACCGUCAUCUAUGCCUGCGGACACAUGUGUCUCUGCUACACCUGCGGUCUCCGCCUCAAAAAAAUGGCCAACGCUAGCUGUCCUAUCUGUAGGAGAGCUAUCAAAGACAUUAUUAAGACCUACCGGAGCACUUAGGGGGGGGGGGUCUCAUAAGGGUCAUUAAGGAUCUUUAAUAGAUCUCUGUUUCAAGAGAGGGUUGGUGUCACAGUUCAGUGACUUGCUCUGGCACUGCAUGGGUCUCUGUUGCCAUGGCAAUGACUUUUUAACCCCUUGAACCUUCAAGGCUCAGGCAUCCAUUCACAAAGGUCUUUGGUAUUUCAUGCUCAAGUCUCUGUUGCUAUGGUAACCAGUGAUGUUGCUGCUUUUUUGAAGCAUCUGGCUUUUCAACUGACAUAACACAAAAAUCAUAGACAGUAUCUCAUCGAAUUCAGGACAUUUCAGGUGACACAGGAGAUAAUCAAGGUUGCACAUGUCCCAUUUCUUCUACCUUCUCUGUGAGCCAUAC